AAAUGAAAGGGGGGGGGGUGAAGUAAGAAGGGCACGAGCCUACUUCCUCGCGGCUCUCAGAAUCAAAACACUAUUCGUGCGCAAUGGGUGAGUCUGCAUCCCCGAAAGGACAUUUUCUCGUCUAGCACUUGGCGCACAUCGUCGGGAGGCUCCGCGGUCAGCGUUAUUCCGUCGCACCAUGCUACAGCUGAACGACACGGUGGAGCCGGAGAGCCCGGGCGCUGCCAUCCUCCACCCCGCGGAGACCGAGGAGGGGGUCGAGGUUGCCUUCACGCCGCCCGAGGCCGGACGAGGAGGCUUCGGGCACGGAGCCGCGGUGGCCUGCUGCCCCCCGCUGCAAACGCUGACGCCCUUUCAUGUGCACAACCCCACGAUCCAGGCGAAGGUGAAGGACUACUUCGUGUUCAGGCCAGGUACCAUCGAGCAGGCGGUGAGCGACAUCAGGACCGUGGCACUCCCUUCCGAGGAUGGAGAGGUGCUCAGUGUGUGGCUGCUGGCCGAAGUUGAUCACUGGAACAAUGAGAGGGAGAGACUUGUGCUCAUAACUGAUCGGUCGCUGCUGGUCUGCAAGUACGACUUCAUCAACCUGUUGUGUCAGCAGGUCGUCAGGAUUUCUCUCAACGCUGUGGACACCAUCUCAGUGGGAGAGUUUGAGUUCCCGCCCAAGUCCCUAAACAAGAGAGAGGGCUACGGGAUACGUGUCCAGUGGGACAAACGUCCUCGGGCUUCAUUCUUGAACCGCUGGAACCCCUGGUCCACAGACAUGCCCUACGCCACCUUCACAGAGCACCCCAUGGCCCACGCUGAUGAGAAGGUGGCCUCCCUCUGCCAGAUGGAUAACUUCAGGACCCAGCUGGUGCAGGCAGUAAAGAAAGCCCACAAGGAGCACCCAAUCCCCGGUCGAGCCAACGGCGUCCUGAUCCUGGAGAGACCCCUGCUCAUCGAGACCUAUCUGGGCAUCAUGUCCUUCAUCAACAACGAGGCCAAGCUCGGCUACUCGAUGACCCGUGGCAAGAUCGGCUUCUAAGGCCCACAGCUUCUCUCUUGAUUACAAAAGAGUUCAACCCAUGUGUCUGUGUUAAAACUGCGCUGUCUGAGGGAAGCUGUCGCUCCACUACAGUGCAAUGCGCAACCAGUCUGUGUGUGUAAGUUGAGCCCAUGAGAUGUCCACACCUCCCGAGGUUGGUGUUGCAGACAAGUGGUCAGCCUACUGGAGGUAAAUGGCGCGCAGCACUGCAUGGACUGUCUACUCAUUUGUUUCUCUUCAAAAAAAAAAAAAAAAAAAAAGCUGCUCGCAGAUCCACCAUACCAACAUGGGCCCUCAGGAGUGUACGCCCAGGUGACAAAGAGUCGGAGAGGAAGGACACAGCAUUACCAUCAAUUAAUCGCCUCUGUACAUACUGUAGAUGGAGCUUCUUGUAGUCUGAUAUUCCCCAUGUAACCACUGAAACUGGUGGGAUGUCUAGAGUCUGGUAGAGGAGCGCAAACGCCAGGGUCGUCUCUUCAGGGUUAAAGAUGUGCUUUGAGCUUUUACUUUUCUGCAGAAAAACAGGCCACACAGAGAUGGGUAAUGAAACAUGCAGUGAAUCAUCCAAGAAUAUGUUAAAUAUUUGCUAAAUUUAACAAGGUCUGAAAUAAAAGGACUGCAUUAUGCAGAUCACAAGGCCGUACAGUAGCUUCUUGGUAUGGAAUAGCAGCUGACCGAUUGAGUUUAACGGUCACAAUGUCACAUGAUUAUUGUAAUAAAUGUGACUAACCGGGAAGAAUGUUCAACAAUUUGCGCUGCUUUACUGAAAAGCCCUGGGCUCAGCUGUUGCUUGUGGAAAAUAAGAGCUAGAAAACAGACGUCGAAGUUGAAAUACGUUACAUGUUGUGACCCUCCUCUCUUACUGGCCAAUGUCGUGCUCUCCAUGCUUACAUCAGCCUGAUAUAUGUCAUUGCUCAGAGUAGGGAACUGCAAUAGCUACGAUCUCUAAAACGUUCUUGUACGUUACAGAUGUUUUAUGCAACAUAAACUUGUGAACCAUGUCUUUAUGUUUGUAAGUCGCCUUAAAAGAUCCUGCAGCUUGCAUUUAUGUUAGGCACCCCUUUGCACUAUUAAUAAUAUCUGGGUUACAAUAUGAAAAACAUGCAGACAGCGCUUUGCAUUAGUUCAUUAUUAACAUACUGUAUAUUUCUUGUGACCAGGAAUUAGCUGAUUAUUUUUUAAAUCAUUGUGCUACCAAAGGUUAACCGGCCAUAUUUUCACGCUCAACGAUGCCGAUGAAUAAUUGUCUUAAAAUGCCUUUUUCCUGGUCGUAACUUCUGCCUGUUCCCUGCACGUUGAGUUUGCAUGACUGAUGUUUUUAAAGGACGAUCCUAAAUGGAUUUGUAAAUACUAAAUAAUAGGUUUUAUUUAUUUGUUGUUAUUUUGCAGAUAACUCAUGAAGGGUUCUAGAUAAUGAAUAUUUCAGUGCACAGUCUGAAGCAUUUUAUGUAGGGAUUUUGUUUGUCACAAAUAAUGUGAAGGCUUCCUUUUUUGUUCUAGAUAUCUGUAGCACAGUAGCCACAACAAAGAUUAAUAAAUGCCUACAUGUUCUCAUCA